AUGUAAACUCUAGUGGGUACCAAAAAAGGAUAAAUUUAUCAUCUUGAAAUCAAUAGACCCAAACAAUUGUACAUCUCCCCUAAAAUAUCCUAGGAACGCCAUGUCUGGUCAACUCUUCCAAGAUUUCAAGGCAGCUGUCGAUAUCAUCAAUUAGACUGACGAUGUCCGAGUUGUGGUGCUGACUGGAAGAGGAAAGCACUUCUGUGCCGGUCUCGAUCUCAAAGAAGCUCCACAAAUGUUCCAAGUAUUCUCCUCAUUUCCAUAUUCCCAAGUUUCCAGACGAAUUGGAUUAAGCAAGAAGAUCAAUUAGAAUCUAUGAUCUGAUCAAGGAUUGGCAAUUUGCAAUGACUUCCUUAUCCAGAAUCAGAGUACCAGUAAUCGUAGGCAUUCAAGGAUACUGUUUGGGUGGUGGCAUUGACCUUAUUACCUCUGCUGAUAUCAGAUAUUGUUCGGAAGAUGCAAAUUUCUCAAUCAAAGAAAUUGACAUUGGAAUGUAUAUUCACAUCCAUUACAUUUAUAGGGCUGCUGAUAUCGGAACUCUGUAAAGAUUGGGCGUACAGAAUGCCAACACAUCUCUCUUCAGGGAAUUAGCAUACACAGGCAGAAUGUUUAAUGCUCAAGAAGCUUUACAAUUGGGUUUAGUUAGCAAAGUAGUUAGGAGUGAUUAGUUAAAUGAUGAAAUCUUCAAGCUUGCUGAGACCAUUGCUUCCAAAUCUCCAGUAGGAUGCUAUACAAUUAAAAGCAUUGUGACUAGAGAACAAAACUUAGAUUCACACUUAGAUGUUAUGGCCAGAACAAAUAUGGCCAUGCUUUUCACAAAUGACAUGGCUACUGCUAUUACAGCUUCAAUGACAAAAGGGAAAGCAGAAUUCCCGAAAUUAUGAGUAACAAAUAUUAAGUUCAAC